AUGAUCCCGCAUCCCUCCUCGACGGGCCUUCAGACCUGGACAAACCAACAUCGUGCUUCUGGGACAACUGACAGGUCGUCCAUGGCCGUGGCACGCACACCGUCUUCCGCCCAGCAACUUAUCGACCUCUCCGCCUCCGACGGCCCUGCAGAGAUCGAACAUUCUCACAAGAGACCCAGGUUAGAUACCACUGUGCCCGGCCUGGGCGGUGAUGGCCGAGCCCCUUCCUCCAGAAGCGCAGACGCUCGAAGCGCAACAACCGGCAGCAACCCUACAAGACCUGCUGCGGUAUCAGGUCGCGGCCGGCCGGCAUACUCUUUUCAGGAAUUAGUCGCUGAUACAUAUGGAGGAAGUGUCUUUGCCGGCAACUCAACGCCGGCAUCGCAAACAUCCAAACCGCCGUCUCCGCCGCCGUUCCCCGUGCGACCAUGGACCCAUACCCCUGCGCGUCUGUCGCAAGUUGAAAAUGAGGGAAUAUCAGAUAAUCUGCGGGCACGCGAGGUCCAGACCGUUCCGUACCGUCCGGUGACUCCAGAAAUCGCACCCAAUCUGACCCGGGACAAAGUCGCCGACUAUGCACCAUGGUCUCGCACAGGAAAUCACCCCGAAGAUAGAUUGUCAGACCUCAAUGUCAAGGCAGGGAAUUUCGAUAGGGUUCCGGGUCCGAAUACUAAUUCAGAUAUCCAAUCACACGCUUCGAAACUUUCCAGUCAACUGAAAAACCACUCCAGCUUACAGCUUUUAUCGUCUGUUUUCGCUGCCGCUUUGGAGAAACGUCAAAUACACGAAAAGAUUUCCUCGACAUCCACUUUCAAACCGCCGCCUCGUGUGACUCUUACUGAUAAUAAACGGGAAGCUUGGCUCCGAGAUCUUGCAAACUCGUCCGUUCCUCUACGACGAUUGAGUCGAACCAUUCCUCACGGAAUCCGGGGAAAAGUCUUGCUCGAUCAAUGCUUGGGUAAGGGAGUUCCUAUCGGCAGAGCUGUGUGGCUAGCUAAGUGCGUUGGUGCCAAUGAAAUUCGUGCUUUCAAGAGAAAGGGGACCAGUGGAUCACUUUCACAAGGGCUCGAGAUAAAAUGGGUUCGUGAGUGGACAUUGAGCGUGCAACAAUUUACUGCAGGAGUGAUCAGUGCGUGUGGAAAGCCGGAUUGGCGAAAUAAGAUGACUUAUGCUGUGAGACUCGCUGCUCGACUAUUCUACGAACAGCUACUUGACCAAGAUUGCUAUCUCGACUGGUAUUUAUCUUCGAUGGAGGGUUCUUCGUUGGAUGCCUUCCCGAUAUGGCUUGCGAUGUUAAGCAUCUACUGGGGAAGUCUUGUACGAUUCAGAAAACGAGGGAGGCGCCUUGCGGAGAUCCUAUUGGAGAAGCUCCGAGAAGCCACUUCAUCCGAGUUCAAAGUGAAUUUGCAACCCUUGAUUGAGCGUGUCUCUCUGCUAGUUCGCCGACUCUGCCGAGAAAACUCACCUUGUCUUAUCCUUCCACGAUCAUGGGAUCGGUACCAAGAUAUCGUCGCAUCUUCACUGUCAGACGAUUCUAAGGAAAAGGCAAUAUUACAAUCGCUUGUUCUUCGGAAUGCCCGUGUCCAACGGCCUGGAACGUGCUGUCCAGCGCGUCAACGUUCCCCACAAGAGCAGGUCAUCAAGCUCCUGGAUGCGUCCCGUGAUACUUGCAACAUGUGUGCUCUAUCAAGCAGCUGUCUCGCUCUUAUUCCGGAUCGGCAAGAGCUUGUUUCGGUGCUUUUGAGGUGGGCUGCGAGCCCGUUUCGCCAAAGCCUAGUUCGUGUAUACAUUGCAGUGCGACUCUUCCGCAAAUGGAAACGAUCAGGCAUGGACAUCGAUGCCUGUAUCUUUCCAUUUCUUACCCAGACAUCGAUGGACCAGUCGACAUCAUCCUUGACAAAUGUAUACCACAUUAUAGUUGAGUUGAUUCGGUCUCAGACAUUUUCUGUUGGCCGGUAUCUGCAGUGGCUAGUCGCAAGAGGUGCAGUUGAACAGUAUCGCCAACAAUACUCUCAAGCUUCGUCCGUUCCAGUUGAUAUAGCACUGCUAUCGCACAUACCAGUUGCCCGACUUCCACGACACCUUCGCAAUCUUCGAGACACCCUCAUGGCUCGUGCAGGCCUUCCUUCUUCCGAGGCGGAGGUAUUGCAUAGCAUUAAAGCUGAUUUGAAACAGAGACUCCCAGGUUUGCUCGGGAAAGAUGACUUUCACAUGAACAUCAAUUAUGAUCAAAACAAUUUAUCUUGGUCGGUCAAGGCUGAUAUCAGCCAGUGGAUCCGAGCAGCCGUAUCCGAACAUUAUGAAAACGGCUCUGCGUAUCACCCAAAGAUGUAUGAGAAUAACGUCGAAGUCUCAUCCUUAACUCAAGAAGAGUUCCUUGUUGUUCGUUCCACACUCGAACAAUACGGCGACCUUUCCAUGCUUGCGGACAUUCUCAUUGACGCGUCAAACUCGGACGACGUUCGGUUGCUCACUUGUGCUGUCGAUACGCUAAAUCGUCAUUUUGAGUGCUUCACAAUAAUCGGCGCUCUGGGCGAUAUGUUUAGAAGUUUCUAUGAAACUUUCCUGCGUAUGAAGGCUAACGGACAGCCUCUCUACGAUCUAGCAUAUUCGAUGGCUGAGGUUGGCCACCGUUUACCCAAUGAAGUGAACUCGCUCGUAUUAAUUCGGCAAGAACUUUCGCGUGCUGAUCGUAACCUCGCUCUUGCGGCUUGCUCUCCAGUGUCAGACCAUAUGGCGGAGACCUUGAACGACGCCAGUCCUUCUUUCAACGAGGACAUGGAUCACUUUUUGUCGUCUGGGAACAGUAUGGAUGAAAUGACGAUGAUUCUUGUCUUCCAGAAACUAAUCCAGCAACUCGCGUUCUACGACGAAAAGAAUCCAUCAAUGCCCGGCACAGUUUGUCGCCAUCUUGUACAGCUACGGUCGUUCAACUCGAAACACUUUGAUCUUUUGUUGGUCCAGUGGCUUGAGGCAACUUUGAAGUCUACUUCUCGGCCGAGCUUGUCUCGUCUUCUCUACCCACUUGUUGGCAUUGGAUGUGUGACUUUACCGGCUUUUGCUGCGUUGAUGAAGAAACUUCUACAAUCUGGCUCACUUCAGACCGUCAAUUCGGCAUUGCCGGACUCGCUAGUCGACUUCUUGGAGCUUCUCGUGCUAAAUAACAGUGCUGAACCCUUACGCGACUUUCUGACGUACCGUUUCCACAUUGCUCAAGAAGAGUUUCUUCAGGGACACUCACAUGAAGUUAUUGCACUUCUUAAAGAUGCAGUACCUCAUAUGACUUUGGGUACACACGAUAUAAUAUCUUCGGUUCCUUGUGUGGUUCCUUUGUUGAGUGAGAUUAUUGUGCGCCAUCCAGACGAUGCUACGCUUGACAGUAUUCGCACCCUCAUGAAGAAUUCUCCGAUUUUCCUCCCUGUUGUCCGCAAAUCUCUCGACCUUUUGCUGAAUGACCAUCGGAGCAAUUCGGAUUUUCUGAUGGAGACGGCAAUAACCAUAAAGAAGACCAACCAUCUUUCAUUGCCUUUGUGUCAAAUGAAGUUACAGAUUCUUUUCGAAGAGAAAAAUGACGAUAGCAUCAGGAACAACAUUGUGGAUCUCAUGUAUAAAUCAGCAGUGGCGGAUGUUCGUGCUGGGAAUUCCUAUUGGCUUGAUCUGGUAUCUACAAUGGGCCAAGAGGCUGCAGAGCAGCUACGCCAGAGAGCCGAAAAGGACUUCUUUUCCGUUGCACAAUCCGAAAGUGCUGUGGAGAAAGACUUGGAGAACGAAAGGCUCUGUCUCCAAGAAAAUGCUCGCGUAUAUCUGGCUAUUGUCGACGGGCUUGCAUAUAGUAUACCCGAAGAAGGAGUUCCCUCCGUGGCACCUGUCCUUGUCGAAAAGAUGAACACGCUUCUACAAAAGCUAUUCACAAUGCAUAUGAAUGUGCGAAAUUGGAGCGAGAAUCGCAGUCGCUCAUCCCAAGAAGCAAUGACACUUUCUCUAUCCGGCUGCGAGGAGAACUUUGUAUUCUGGUUGACCUCAAUGCUACAAAUGAUCCGGAUCCAUCGAGCGGCAUUCGAUCUACCAGUUUCAGCUGGCAAUCAGCGACUAGGCGCCUAUGUCGAUUUGUCCCGGUUGCUUAUCAUAAUUUGCUGCCUGGCAUUAUCCCGUACACCUUUGGGACUUACAGUGCAGCCACGGUUAGACCUUUCUGCGUCAUCAUAUUUUCUCGCCUCCGCCAAAGAAGUCCGAGCCGGAAAUACCAUUCAAACAUACGCUCUAGACAUUGCAUCUUCAUUAGUCGACAGCCUCCCCGACGAAGCCCGCCAACAUUGUGCCAAUUUCAUCAAAGAACGCUUUCCGCCAGCACUUAACGUUCAAAAUGAUCCUCGUUUACAGUAUCUUUUUGGUCCUGUUGCGGAAAAUAUCGGCAAUCUAGGCGGGGCCCUUCCAUCUUCUAUGUCUGUUUCAUCUCCUGCAGCGACAUUGACACCGUCCAACAACCCCGUCAAUGCAGCCACGGCAGCAGGAGGGAACACAAUCGAGGAUCCAUUGGCACUCAACAAUCGACUACGCGUGCAAAGUCGCGGUCGCGUAGUCGGAUCAUACCCUGUUCGUCCAUGGGAGAUGCUAGAGGAAGCGGCUCCAGUAGUCGGCGCAAACGACACCGCCAUUGACCUGAAUCUGUUUGGUGCGCGAAAGGUUCGUGAUUACUGA